CGUCUGCGAGGACUGCAGGGGCCUGAACCUCCGCCGCUGCCUGCAGUCCGGCAGCCGCUCCUGGGGCCCUUUGUCAGCGCAGUCGCCAGGGUCGCAGCCGCCAGCAUCAUCUCAGCUCGGAGCGGACAAGAUGGCAUCAGCCACAGACUCGCGCUAUGGGCAGAAGGAGUCCUCCGACCAGAACUUCGACUAUAUGUUCAAGAUCCUGAUUAUUGGAAACAGCAGCGUGGGCAAAACCUCCUUCCUUUUCCGCUAUGCUGACGACUCCUUCACGCCGGCCUUUGUCAGCACAGUCGGCAUAGACUUCAAGGUCAAAACCAUCUACCGCAAUGACAAGCGGAUCAAACUGCAGAUCUGGGACACAGCAGGGCAGGAGCGGUACCGUACCAUCACCACAGCCUAUUACCGGGGUGCCAUGGGUUUCAUCCUAAUGUAUGACAUCACCAACGAGGAGUCCUUCAAUGCAGUGCAGGACUGGUCGACUCAGAUUAAAACUUACUCAUGGGACAAUGCCCAGGUGCUGCUGGUGGGAAACAAGUGUGACAUGGAGGAUGAGCGUGUGGUGUCAUCAGAACGCGGCCGGCAGCUUGCUGACCACCUGGGGUUUGAGUUUUUCGAGGCCAGCGCCAAGGACAACAUCAAUGUCAAGCAGACCUUUGAACGUCUGGUGGACGUGAUCUGUGAGAAGAUGUCGGAGUCGCUGGACACUGCUGACCCCGCAGUCACAGGCGUCAAGCAGGGCCCGCAGCUCACUGACCAGCAGGCACCUCCUCAUCAGGAUUGCGCCUGCUGAGCCACCCCCACCAGGGGCAAACCCCACCCCAUCACCCUAUUUAUUAUCGUAGCUAUUUAUUUAUUUAUUGAGGGUGUCCCUGGACACGCCCCUCACCCCUCCUGUACAUAUCCUCACCCCGCUCUGCUGUGGUGUGUUGUGGUCACUGCCCCAAGACCCUCCUUUUUGGUUUUCUAAGCCACCGCAUCCAAAGUUGUCGGUUGUGAAGAGGGGACCAGAUGUCACUCUGAAGCAGGCUGAUGGGAGAUGGCAGGGCCUGCCAGCCCCGAGGCUGGGGGAUUGCCUAGUGGACCACUGGGUUGACAGGCUGGCAUCCUGCUUGUUACUUUAUCUUUGGAGAGACAGGAUGUGGGGAAGGAAGGGAGGAUCUAUUCACCUUCACUGCUUUGGGAUAUCCCCAAACCUGUUCUGAUGUCAUGAGUGUCAGAUGUGUCCCCCACUUUCCUAGAAGUUAUGAACACUACACACAGUUCAAUAAAGUGAAUGGACCUUG